UUGAUUUGGAGUCAGACUCUCCUCUUCUUCUUCGCUGCUGCCGGAACAACGAUUUUUAGAAGAAAAAGAAGAAGAGAUGGUUUGGUUUCAGUGCGAGGAUUGUGGUGACAACCUUAAGAAACCAAAGCUCUCUAAUCAUUUCAGAGUUUGCUCUGCUAACAAGUUAUCAUGUAUUGAUUGUGGACAAAUGUUUGGGCAACAGACUGUUCAAGGACACACCCAAUGCCUCACCGAAAUGGAGAAGUAUGGUCCAAAAGGCCAAGCUAAACCUUCUAAUGGGACACCCGGGAAACCCAAUAGUUUCUCGAAGCCAAAACCAGAGGUUGACAUACAUGUGGGAUUAUCAGAACGUCCUCCAUGGUUCUGCAGUCUUUGCAAUACAAGCGCUACUAGUCAGCAAACCCUGCUUCAGCAUGCUGAUGGGAAGAAACACAGAGCGAAAGCACGAGCUUUCCAUGCGUCAAAGCAACCAUCUAAGGUGUCAGAGGAACCCACACCUAUUACCGAAAGUAAAUCAAAAACCAUAGAAAAGGGUGAUUUGCCAGUGAACAAAGAUGUUAAGGAAUCGUAUACAUCUGAAAGUAAGAAAAGAAAGCUUGAAGCAUCUGAAAAGAAUGGUGGAGGCAAUACAGCUGGAGAAUUGGGCAAUGGUGAAGUGAUUGAGUAUGUGAAUGCAGAAUCAGAAAGAACUAAGAAAGCCAAAGGUCACAAGGAAGACGGAGAGAAGAGCAUAAAGUGGAAGAAGAUAAUCUCAACAAUCUUGAAAUCUAAUCCUGAUGGUACUUUGAAGAUGAGAAAAUUACGAACACAAGUUCUGAAAACUCUUAGGGAAUCUGGUUCAACUAUAGAUGAGAACCAGCUCAUUGAUACACUUGAGCAUAAGAUAAAUUCAAGCUCCAAAUUUGCGGUUAAUGGGAAGCAUGUACAAUUGGUCGCCAAAAGUUAAUGGCAGGUCUUUUGCUUGCAUCUGAAUGCAUUGGGAAUUACAGAUUAGUGGCAGUGGAAGGCGAGUCCCAUGCCCCAACUUAAAUGGGUAAUUGAAUUUUGUAUUUUUGCUAUAAGCUCGUGUAGAUGAAAUUUUUGUAAAACGCUCAUAAUAUAUAAACAAAUGAAGAGUAUCUGCUAUUUUUACCUGAUUAUGUUUUAAGUCA